CGGAGCUCUCCGCAGGUCCUCCUUGGGCACCUCUACUGCGCAUGGCACGCUGCGUACCUCCCCUCCCAGCAACCGGCUUGGCGGCGGCGCGGCCAUAAAACCAAGGAGGCGGAGCUGAGACCGGCCGGGACUUCUCGCUAACUCCUCGAUCAGGUUUACAUUUUUGGAAUUGAAAUAGUCUCAGCACUAGGCACUCAUGUCUUUUCUUCGGUGGGUCUCGGAAAAGUUCAUUGUUGAGGGCUUAAGAGAUUUGGAACUAUUUGGAGAGCAGCCUCCGGGUGACGCUCGGAGAAAAACCAAUGAGGCGAGCUCCGAGUCGAUCGCAUCCUUCUCGAAGCCGGAGAUCAUGAGCAGCUUCCUACCCGAGGGAGGCUGUUACGAGCUGCUCACCGUUAUAGGCAAAGGCUUUGAGGACCUGAUGACAGUAAACCUGGCCAGAUACAAACCCACAGGAGAGUAUGUGACGGUGCGAAGGAUUAACCUAGAAGCAUGUUCCAAUGAGAUGGUGACCUUCUUACAGGGCGAGCUGCACGUCUCUAAGCUCUUCAACCAUCCCAACAUCAUGCCCUACCGAGCCACCUUUAUUUCAGACAACGAGCUAUGGGUGGUGGCGUCCUUUAUGGCAUACGGUUCUGCAAAGGACCUCCUAAGCACGCAUUUCACAGACGGCAUGAGCGAGCUGGCCAUUGCGUACAUCCUGCAGGGGGUGCUCAAGGCCCUGGACUACAUCCACCACAUGGGCUACGUGCACAGGAGUGUCAAGGCGAGCCACAUCCUGAUCUCCGUGGACGGGAAGGUCUACCUGUCUGGUUUACGCAGCAACCUCAGCAUGAUCAGCCACGGGCAGUGGCAGCGUGUGGUCCACGAUUUCCCCAAGUACAGUGUCAAGGUUCUGCCCUGGCUCAGCCCGGAGGUCCUACAGCAGAACCUCCAGGGUUAUGAUGCCAAAUCCGACAUCUACAGUGUGGGAAUCACAGCCUGUGAACUGGCCAAUGGCCAUGUACCCUUUAAGGACAUGCCUGCCACUCAGAUGCUGUUGGAGAAGCUGAAUGGCACGGUGCCCUGCCUGCUGGACACCAGCACCAUCCCUGCCGCCGAGCUGACCUUGAGCCCCUCCCGCUCUGUCGCCAGCUCCGGCCUGGCCGAAAGCUUGGCCGCCGGCACCCCGCGACCCUCCAACGGUGACUUGCCGGCCCACCCCUAUCACCGCACCUUCUCUGCCCACUUCCACCAAUUCGUGGAGCAAUGUCUUCAGCGCAACCCAGACGCCAGGCCGAGUGCCAGCACCCUCCUGAACCACUCCUUCUUCAAGCAGAUCAAGCGGCGUGCCUCCGAGGCCUUGCCGGAGCUGCUGCGGCCCGUCACCCCCAUCACUAACUUUGAGAGCAGCCAGCCCCAGGACCACAAUACCAUCUUCGGCCUGGUGAACAACCUGGAAGAGCUUGAGGUGGAUGACUGGGAGUUCUGAGCGCUGCUCUACAGGCCUUCGCAAGGCCUGGCCUCCUGCCCCUAGCAGAAUGGCUGCCAGGGGAGACUUCUCACUGCUGCAAGCCCUUUGAGACACAAGGAAUCCGGCUUACUGGGGACAAGAUCAAGUAGAAGCCAUCAUGCCUGCUCCUGAGAUGCUGCCGAGGCCCUAUGUGCUGGCCCGGGAGCCCCAGCCUUUACCCCACACCCAGGAAACUGGUACCGCCACCUGCCAGACCCUGCUCCCCCAGGCAGCCUGGUUCUGUCCUGCCCCUGCACUCUCAGACCCCGUGGGUCCAGGAAGGGGCAGGGGGUGAGCAGACCCCCCUGCCUGCACAGGAAGGGCUGUGUCCAGCUCCUGAGGUCCCAGGCUGAGGCAGAGGCCGGGCAUCCUCCCCCUCCUGGCUGCCAGGGCCCUGACACUUAGAUCCUUUUAUAGUGGAUCUGUGUGGUGCACUCCCUGCACACCAAGGACCCAUUGCACCUUGCCAGCUGCCUUGGUGCUUCCUCCAGCAGCCACCACCUCUCGCCUCACCUCAGGGCUCAAGUCCUCCUGCUGUGUUAGUUUUGUCAUCAGAGCAAAUUAAACUGGUCAGAUCUGGGA